AUGAAAGUAAGUCAAUGUAGUGUUUGGUCAUCUGAACCAUGGCAAAAUUUACAACAACUAUCUUCAACUACUAACAGACCUAUCCGAUCGAAUAACGAUGCCUGGAUAGAAGAAAACGGUGAACAGAGAAAAACAAAUCCAAAUAAAACUUGGACAUUGUGCUCACUGUUUUAUGGAAUCCUUCUUGGUUCAUUACUUUGUAGUAUUGCUUUAGCUAUAAUACUAACACUAUGGUUAACAUCAACAACAUCCACAAUAUCUCCAAGUUCAUCUGUUACUACUACCAUUCUUACUUCAGUAACAACAAUCCCUUCAACUCAAAGUACUACAUUGACACAAUCUACCACUAUUAGUACAACAAUAACGACAGUAAGCACAAUAAUAACAACAACCACUACGAUGAUUCCGCCUAACUUACUCAUUAAUCCCGGUGCUGAAGAUGGUGUUCUUGUUCCAUGGAUCACUGGUGGUGCAGGUAAUGCCACAAUAGAUAAUGGCGCAGCAAACACAGGGUGUAAUUCUCAUUCUGGUAUUAAACAAUUUUUUGGUGGUCGUACUGGUAAUGGUGCCAAUAAUAGUACUCUAACGCAAAGUAUUCUCUUACUUAAUGGUACUCAAGGAUAUACAGAAGCUCAAUUGGAUAAUGGUAGUUUGUCGGCUUAUAUUAGUUUUUACCAACAAAGUUGGUCUAACUAUCCCAAUUUAGACAAAGCUCAAAUAAGUUUAACCUUUCGAACAUUGAAUAAAACUCAGAUAUCAACAACGACAGUGUCUCCAUCGUCAUGCACGACUAGUUGGUGUCUACAAUCGUUUUCUUAUCUAUUACCAGUAGGAACACGUUAUAUCGAUUACACUAUGAUAUUUACUAAGGACCAAGGAGUGCAAAUUGAUUCAUAUGUGGAUGAUAAUUCUCUUAAAGUUUAUUAA